AUGGAAAGGCGUGAUGAUGAUGAUACAGAUGAUGCUGAAGAAAUGGAUGGAAGUGAUGAAGAAUUAUAUUCAACAACUUAUGAUGAUGCAACAGUAUGGUCAUUACAAAAAGCAAUCGUAGUAAUAUUUAACAAAUUUCUCGACAAAUCAUUAACAGCAAACUGGUGGCAAUGUGGUCUUGAUUUAAAAUUAAACACAUGGAAGAACCAAUUAUUCAGUCGGCAUAAGUAUAAUGAACAAAAAGAAAAACAAGAACGAUUAAAAAUGGUACAAUAUGCAAUAAAUGAUUGUACUUCAGUCGCUGAAUUAUAUUUCCAUAUGUAUCCAGGCAAAUCAGAUGAUCAACAAACACCUCAAGUACUACCAGCAACAGCACGAACAAUUACAUUAACAACACCAACAAUCAUACAAACAACACCAGCAAUAACAUCAACAAAUUUUACAAAUAUAUUAGAAGAUGAAUUAUCCGACAUUAUUGAAGAUGAAUUAAUUGAAUUAUCAAGACCAAAAUUUAAAUUUACAAGUGGUGGAAAUGAAUUAAAUAAUUUAGCUAUUCAUGGAAUUCUUAAAUUCGAUUUACAUAAACUUCAACAUAUCAUAACAAGUCUAUUUAAAUAUCCACCUGGUAUAAAUAGUGUUACAUGUUCACAAAAUUAA